CUUCUGAAUUCAGACCUUCAUUCAUAAUGGCAUUUAGCUCCAUUUCAGCUUAAAAUAAUACAAAUCUAAACAUUACAAUUAUCAUCGUUGAAAAUACUAACUGUAAAAGUUUCGUUUGAAACAAUAAACAAAUGUUCGAUUCCGGCGUCGGAAAAAAAGCAGUUCAGAGCAGACUACGUUUCAAAAGAAAAAAGAAGAGAAACUUGUUUGUUUUGACAGUUACCGAGACGCCGUGAGGAUUUGGUGGUGUGUUCCAAGACAGUCGUCGAUAAGUAAUUAAUUGGAACCGGCAUCUUUCUCUUUUUCUACAAUCACUUCAUUCUCUUGAUGAUAAAGUUUCGUUGACGUCUGAAAAUUACAUAACGAAAAGCAAGAGAUCAAGGCACAUGAACGAUUGUGUUCUGCGGUUCGACGCUGAAAAGGCAAGAGCAUGCACUGAUAUAUUGGCAGCUUUGAGCCAACCAGGAAAUGCAGAGAGGUUGGCCCGUGCUAGAGAACUUGCUGGCACCGACAUGGUCAAAGUCAUGAGGGAGGUUUUCCCAAUAGUCACCCAGAUUCAGCUUGAGGUCAUUCAACGUUUUGGCUUUCCUGGAGAUGGCGAAGGUGCAGCGCAGUUUUUACAACUGGUGCGAUCUUUGGAAAAAGAAGACGGAGAAGUUGGUCGGUUGAGCGAUCAGCUCAGGGCUCAUUUCCUUCCACCGAUGACGGCACCCAUCCAUUCGAUCCCUGCCUCUUCCACGCCGCAAUGCAACGGUGCAUCUCAGCCAUAAAUGAGCACUAGUGCAAUAUAAAAGUAGUUUGGUACAACAAUAGCCAAUAUCACGUGCUCAAUAUGACACCAUUUGGAAUCCGUUCAUGAUGAAUCCUCAAAAAGUGAAACUAAUUCAAUCAUAUUUCUCGUCCAUUUUCUGUAAACCCCCUUUUUUAAAAAUCCAGCUCCUUUUCUGAUAAUACAAACGAUAUAUUUUCUCGCUGUA